AUGAUGAACAUGAAUCCGCCGACGCACCAGCACCCUCACCAACAUCCUCACCCACAUCCACAUCCUCACCCACAUUCCCAUCUCCAGGCGGUGCAGCAUCAGCCAUUGCCCGCCCUGCUCCAGGGCCACCCAGCCACCACGCACUUCGUGGAGUGCCGGGCAUUACCAGCAAUCAACGAGACAUUUCCGCAAUUUGGCCAGCAUCGUCCGGCUAUUUCGCUGCUCUCCCCCUUGGAUCUUUCGCUGCGGGCUGCGGCCAGUGUAGUGCCAAUUACUCCACCGUCGACGCCCUCGCCGCCUCGCAAGCGCCAGAGAUUAAUGUCCGAGGAGAAUUACCUGUGGCGUCCGCACAUGGCGAGUCCUGCAGCUCCUGCUCCAGCUCCAGUUCUCCCAGCCGCAGGACCUUCGAGCCUGACAAUGCAGCCGAGCUACUUUCACCAGCAUCAUCAUCAGCAGCAGCAACAGCAACAGCAGCAACAGCAACAGCAGCAACAGCAACAGCAGCAACAUCAACCACAGCAGCAACAUCAUCAGCCAUAUGCCACACGCAGCAGCUUGGAGGGCGCUUCCUUUAAUAAAAGUCAUUUUCACGGGACGAAAAAUAACUUUGAGCAAAUUCCGGCGGGUCAAUCGAGCGUCAGCUCGCCCAUCUACGUGGAGGAUGAGACCAUUGUGCUGACCGAGGACGAGGAUGAAACAGUUGUCAGUUCCCAUGACUACAACGAGUACGCCACGGACACGGAGGAAGUCAACGAGGGCGACGAUGAGACGCAGCAGGUACAAGUCAGCGAUAAUGGCGACGAUGAUGAUGAGGAGGAGGUCUUUGUCGAUGUCCUCGGCAGUGACGAUGACGAGGAUGAGGCGGUGGACCCGGUGGCCACAAGAUUGCAGGCCCAACUAAUGGAGACCACCGCCCUGAAACGCAACGAAUUGUUGUACGAGGAUGAGGAGCUGCACAACCAGGCGGUAAAUGGUUUGGCCAGGCUCUUUGAUAGGGAUUUUCCGGAGCCAGAUGUGGAGGUCAGCGAACUGGCGGAUGUGCAGAGCAACAGCGGGAAGACCUACACGGAUCUGAGUGGCGUGGCAACUAGUUCCGUCAACCUGGCACCACCUCCUCCACCUCCUCCUCCGCCUCCACCGUCUUGUUCUAUCCCCACUACACCUCCACUUCCACUUCCACCUCCACCCAUAUCGCGACCCCACAAGGCCGAGCGCAGGAGGUCGAAGCUGCGGAAACACAUGGCCAUCGAUGAGGAGACCAUAAGCCCAGUGUCCGGCACCAUCAUUCGCAAGCUGCGGGAUGACGAGGAGCUGGUGGUGCGCAAAGGUGACAUUGAUCCGGCUUUCAAUGUGGUCGAAAUCACCGAGGAGGCCAAGGCCAUCCUGGCCAGCAUCGACAACAAGAUUGGCGACUACAUGUGCCAGCUCUGUCGCACCGUCUACGAUGACGCCUUCAUGUUGGCCCAGCACCGCUGUCCCCGCAUCGUCCACAUCGAGUACAAGUGCUCCGAGUGCGAAAAGGUCUUUAAUUGCCCGGCCAACCUGGCCUCCCAUCGCAGAUGGCACAAGCCCAAGGCGGAUGCGGCCGGCGCUAAUCCCGCCAAGAAACGAGUUGUGGAGACGGGCGAUCUGGUUCAGGAGGCGGCGACUAGGAGCGGCGAUGAUGCCAGCGACGGCAUUUAUCCUUGCCAUAUAUGCGGAAAGACUUUCCGACGUCAAGCUUACCUGAAGAAACACCAGGCCUCCCAUCAGAUGUUGGAUAAUCUGAAAAAUCUGGAUUUCUUCAAGUCCCAGCAGCAGCAGUUGGCCAUCGGUGGCCACCAAUUGCCCGAUCAUGUCCAGCUGCAGCACACAACUGGACAGGCGGUCCCAACCGCCGCUCCUUAUGCCUCCCUGCCACGCCCCGCGCCUGGCAUGCCCAUCUAUCCGCCUCCAAGUGGUAAGAGCUAUGCGAGUGGACAACGCUUUCCGGGAUUUCCCUUUCAGUCCUUCGACCAGCGGCGCUUCUACUCCCUCGGAGAGUUCUACCUAUCGCAGCACUUGGAGCGAUCCUCGGCUUUCCAAUACGUGCAGGCCAAUCACCUGAGGCAACUGUCGAAUGUGGCCCAAACUUUGAUGCCUCCGCUGCCCGUCAAAUGA